CUGAAUCGGAAGAGGCCAUUGAAAGAUUGAAAGUGCGUGUUCGUUUGGUGUAUGCACGAGUUGAUCGCCUUACGAAGCUGCAGUACGAAUAUAAUUGUUAAUAAUGGCUAUAAGAGUUCAGUUCGAAAAUAAUAACGAAGUUGGCGUCUUCGCGAAGCUUACAAAUAGUUAUUGUAUCGUCGCCAUCGGUGGAUGUGAGAAUUUUUACAGUAUCUUCGAGGGAGAGCUUGCAGAUGCAAUUCCUGUUAUCCACUCAUCAAUAGCUGGCUGCCGGAUUGUUGGACGACUCACAGUUGGCAACAGGCACGGUCUGCUUGUCCCAAGCACGACGACAGAUCAAGAACUACAACACUUGCGCAAUUCAUUACCAAACAGUGUUAAAAUACAACGAAUAGAGGAACGGCUGUCUGCACUUGGCAAUGUCAUAGCCUGCAAUGACUAUGUAGCGCUAACCCAUCCAGAUUUGGAUAAGGAGACAGAGGAAAUAAUAGCCGAUGUGCUUAAAGUUGAGGUAUUCCGCCAGACAAUCGCAGGCAACGUUCUCGUAGGAACCUAUGGUGCCCUCAGCAACCAAGGCGGCCUGGUCCAUCCAAGAACAUCUAUUGAAGAUCAAGGAGAACUGUCAUCUUUACUACAAGUGCCAUUGGUGGCUGGUACAGUGAACAGAGGUAGCGAUGUGAUUGGUGCAGGAAUGGUAGUAAAUGACUGGUGUGCAUUCUGUGGCAUGGACACCACAAGCACGGAGCUGUCUGUCAUAGAAAGCGUAUUCAGGCUGAAUGAGGCUACACCUUCUGCUAUCACCACCACUAUGAAAUCAUCCCUUAUCGAAAGCAUGACAUAAUGAGAGACUGCUAUUCACCUCUGCACUCUGCAGCUUCUCAGCUGACACAGGCGAAGGCUUAACAGUGUACAGCAGCCAAGCGUGGGAGCACGUUUAUUGCCCAAUUUUUGCUUGUCAAUAAAAUAAGGAGCUAUGCUUA